GAGGCAACAGCCAUGCCUAUGUGGUCGUUGGAACAACGUUGAUGGCGCAUUCGUACCCUUCAUAUUAAACUUAAGAUGAAUAGUGUCACUACAUAAAUUGUAUUUUAAAAAAAUUUUUAUGACUUAAGGUAAAGCUAAUGAAUAUAGAGUGCAAAUUAUAAGUAUGGCUGAACAGAAUAGUGAUCAGAUUAUAGCAAUACCAGAUGAUGUCUGUAAAGAAUCGGGUAUUGCUGCAUCAUGGGUUGGUCCUAAUAAAUUAGCCCUGUUUGGUUAUAAAAAUCUGAGCGUUAAUUCUAAAGAUGUACCUAGUAAUUUUAGUCCUUGUGAAGCGAAAGUACAUUUUCUUAGACCAGAAGUGAUUUUAUUUUCACCCGCUCUUCGUAAAUUAGUGAAUGAAAGUAAUGGUAUUUUUUUAUCGAUCCAAAAAUUAAAAUGUUCUUCGACUGCAAUUGAUUUGAGGCCAGAGAUGUUAAAGUAUAGCAAGCAAUAUCGCUCUAUUUUAAGAGCUUGCGUAGAAGAAUUACAAGAUCUCGCAGAGAAAUGUGACGAAAGUAAUAAGUCACUGUAUGAAAAUUUCCAAACCAUUUUCUAUAAUGUUGAAUGCGUUUGGCAUCUAACAGAAAUUCUUUAUGUCGAUGUUAUUCCAGGUGAUAUUGUUUUGCCUCAACUUCUCGAAUGGGUUAGAUUUCAUUUUCCAUCUAGAGAAAUAAUGGCUAUGAAAAUAUUAGCUAAAAAGAAAAUGGGGAUAGAUAUUGAAAGCAGCGAUUAUUGGGAAGCCGUAAUUGGCUGUGCUUUGCAUGGAAAGAUCGAUGUUGUUAGAGCACUUCUUGCAUUACACAGCAAAGCAGAUCAUACAGCAUUCAUGACAGCAGAAAAUGCCCUUAGAAAUAUGCCGGUAUAUAAUAUAUAUGGUGGCUAUUCGAUCAAAGAAUUUACCAUAAGAUAUAAACAAUGGCAAAUGAGUUUAUCCCAAAGUAUUGACAGCAAAGCUUUUGGAAUUGAUAAUAAUUUAGAAUCACUUAUGAAGUUAAUCGUUGGAAAUGAAUUAUGGGAAUUUGCAAAAUACACAGAAGCGUGGUACGAAUUGCUAGCAGCGAAAUUGUUCUAUUCUGCGCAGUGUUGUAAACAACCAGAAUUGACUCGCCAUGCAAAUAGCAUUGCCGUUAAAUGGCAAUCGUAUAAACAAUCAUCCUUAUUGGUAUUAGACAAUAUUAUCCUGGCUUUGAUAGAAAGUGAUUUACAUCAGAUCAUUAAAGAAAUUCAGUAUAUGAAUGAUAAUGGUUGGUUUGCCUCGCAUUUAACAGACUUACUUUAUCAUUGUGGUAGAUUGAACAUUAUGGAUAAACAUCAAGUAAAUGUGACUGAUUUACUACAUGAAUCGUUAAUAUUAGAUUAUGGAAGUACAUUGAUGGGUCAUCAUUCAUUAUGGCAAUGCGGUGCAAGUUAUCUGGAGUGUUGUCCUAAUCAAGGCUUAACAAGACUAGAAACACUUUUACAAACGAUUCCUUUAGGAAGUGAAGCUAGAAUUCAGAAAAUUAUCAAUCUUGCAAAAGCAAAUAAUAUGCAGCAUGUUGUUUCCAGCAUAUGUAAAAUUCAAGGAAUAAAGUGUAUCAAUCAAGGACGACUAGGAAAUGGACUUGCAUGGGCGCUUAAGGGUCAAGAUACUUUGUUCGCUUCGCACAUCGCCGAUCGCUUUCUCAUACAGUGUCGGGAUUUGCUUGAGAACUUAGGAACCUGUAUGCUUGCUAGCGAAAGGCUCACAUUUCUUGGUAAGUAUUGUGAGUUUCAUCAAAUGUACGGUAUUGGAGAGUUUAAAGAGGCAGCGAGAUUACUUAUUUCCCUGAUUGUCUCAAAUCUAACUCCAAGAUAUUUUUGGUCAAUCCUCCUGACCGACGCCAUUCCACUACUCGAAACCAACGACAUAGUAUUUUCAUCUCGAGAUACAUUUGAAUUAUUGCGCUCGAUUGAAAAUCAUGGCGAUGAUCCUAAAUUCCAAGAUAAAGUCGGAAUAUUCCGGUUGGCAGCUGCACGGAAUCUUGCUCGAGCACUCAUUAUCGAAGGCAGUCAACCUGAUUAACAAUAAAUUUUAAUAAAGUACAAAAUACUGAUACUAUGUACAUACCCAAUAUCUUUAUUCAUAUUAUGGCGAAUAUCAUUGGUUUAGAAUUAAAUGAAAUCGCAUAAAAAUUUGCAUUUUUUUUUCAUUUUCUUCGGUAUGUAAGUGAUGUUCGAUAUUUGUGAUAUUAAGUGUAUAACCACUAAUUUUCCGUAAAA